AUGGGUAAUUCAUGGACACAAGAAGAGAGAAAAGAAACAGAUGAAUUUGCUGAUAUAGACAUCCAUGCUGAGCACAACAGGUCAAAUAGCCUGUCUUGCAGUUGUUCAUUUUGUUGCUCACGUAGAAGUGUGAUUAAUUGUGAUAGGAAUGAAGCCUUGAUGCAGGUCAGUUUGAACCUGAAUAAGAGGCAGAUUACCCCUAAUAUUUGUAACGCAGAUGUCAAUACAUUACAGGAAACAAACUGUUAUUCUUUUAGAAAGACUGAAUCUGAGGUUCCACAGUGCAGUUAUUUUGACACUCUGGUAUCUAAAGAAUCAGUAGCAAAUAAUACUUAUUACUUGCCUGACUAUAGUUCACAGGAAGAUGAAAUUCUAUGUAACUCAAAUUCUGUUAUUCACGAAGAACAAGUGUGUGAUUCCAAAGGACAGGAAGUGCGUAAAUCACUGCAGUUGGAAGAAACUACAGGUGCAUUUCAUUUGCCUUCGAGAGAGAGUAGAACUCUAGAUUUGAAUGAAGAUUAUAGUAUUGCAAGAGCUUUUAAAGAUAAAAUUAUAUGCCCACUUGAGGCAAGGGAGGACAGUUUAGUACUUGAAAGGAUUAGAAAUGUACAAUCUUCAUUUGAAAAUUGUGAUAGUGCAUAUCCAAUUUUUAAUAAGCUGCCAAGGGAAGUUUUAUUGGGAGAUAAUUUGAUUGGGUAUCUUCCAUUUGUUUGUGAAAAUUUGUGGGGAAAUCUGCGUAACUUCAAUGCACGUAUUUUUGCAGAAGACAUGAUGGAGGGGAUAAAUAUGACCGACAGUUUGGAUGGAGCUAAUUUAUGCAGACAGAUUGAUGUUAUUGAGGUUUCUUCACAAAACCAUGCAUUGGAUGAGACCCUGAGCACUAAUAGAUUUCUGUCAGACAGAGAUGAAAACGAUAUACUGCCUGUGGCUAAAGACUACUCUAUGGAUGCAGUAGACGGAGUAUUUAUUGGAGUUAUUGACAAAGUUGAUACAGCCUCAGCCAUUGCAUCAUUUCAAUGGAAGGGAAAAAGUUAUGCAGCAAUUAUCUCCAAGAAGAAAAUUGAAUAUAGAGGGAGGAAAGUAGGAAGGAAAUUGAAUGUUGAUGAACUGCUUGUCACUGGUCAACAUGUGACACUACAUAUUAAAAGUAAUUUAAAAAGUAAACAAGGCAAUUUAAUUAGCUCUCGUGUGAUAUUAGAUGUAGAGAAGGGAGAGGAGUUGCAGGAGAAGAAUUACUUUAUGUCUCCCCUAUACCUAGCUGCCAUGAACAACUCAUUAGGACUUACUUCCAUCCAUGCCACUAUUGAAUCAGUUUUUGAUACAUGGGGAACAUUGUCCUUAGUGGGAGGCGAGUGUAAUCAAAAGGCAAUUUUUGUUAGUGAGAAUGUGUAUAUUAAUGAUUUUAAUGUCCCUAAAGAAUGCCCUUUAAAUCUAGUUCUUUACAAAGGGAUGCCUGCUGUAUGUGGUGUGAAUUCACGCAAUUGUGACAUUAAUAUUAAAUUGUUUUUGUUUGUUGGAGAAAUUGUGGAACUGGCGAACGAUGUAGGUAUAAUCUCAUUUUUCAGCAGAGGUAACAAGGAAAAAGCAGUUAUUUUAACUGAAAAUUUGUAUUUCAACAGAGAAAAAUUUACUUCCUCUGAUUUACAUGAUGUUCUGCAGUUAAAGGAAAAGGUGGCUUUUUUGUGUAUACCAUCUGAAACAAGUGAAAUAAGAUUCAAAGCAACUUAUUUGCUUCUCUGCAAUGAUAGAGAAAACGAUUCUGUAACUUUUGAUACUUUUAAAGAUCACUAUCAUUAUUUUAUUGAUUUACUUUCCAGUUGUCAAAUGAAAUGUGAGAAUAGAGUUCACAGUACUGUUGAGAUGCCCAGUGUUCCAUAUAAUACAACAAACAAACCACCUGAUUUUAACAUGUUCAUAAAAAGUGAGGCUAACUUCAAACAAGCAUCUCAAUCAUUUAUGCAAAGUUUGACUCAUUUCAAGAAGUGCAACAUGUCAGAAGAGCUUCAGGAAAACAAUAAUUACCGCUCUGUGUUAAAUGAUUUGGGAACAGCUUUGGUGUUUGGUGGUUUGUUGUGGAAAGAAUACAUUAGCAACAAAUUUGACAAAGAAGCAUCAUCAGCACUCCAAUUAAAUACUGUUCGUUUCAUUGACAUUACUGGGAUUGUUUAUGAAGAAGGAAUUCUAAUGUCUGGAGAAAUGAAGAUCUUAUUUCACCUAAAUGAUGUGUAUGUGAAUGGUGAAAAGUGCACAGUUUUACCAGUGGGUGCAGAGUUGCAUUGCACUGCUACAGAAUUGCCACACCGUGGCUGUCAUGGUGAAACACAUUUUGCUUGGUGCCUUUGGCAAGGAACAAGGCCAGAUGUGCAGCAUGUAUUCAGUGUGUUUGAGUUCAAAAAAUCUGAUGCAGUAACACUAAAGGAAAAUAAGCAGUACAAAGGUCAAGUUGUAGCCAUAUAUCCACCACGUGCUGCUCUUGUUAGGCUAUACAUUGGAGGGAGUAUAGUACCAGUUGUAGUGUUUUCCAAUUUUCUGCAAGACAGAGUGUGUCCAUUCAAUUUUGAGGGUAAUCAUUGGAUAAUUGAUUAUAUUAGUAUUGCUGACUGUGUGAGUGUUUCAGUUCAACCAACAAAGAAAUCCAACAAAGUUGCAAAACUUGGCUACCAGUGGACUGCAGUAAGUGCCAGAAAGAGCUGUUCUUGUGAAAUCAAGCCUCAGAAUACAAGGAUUCUUAGCAGGUGCAAAAGAAACCCAUACAAAGGCAACGUUUCUUUUCUCUAUAAGUCUUUUGCUGUAGUUACAUUUGAUACAGAUGAAGGCUGCAAGUUUGGUUUUUUCAUAAAGGAUUUUGGCAUGAUUAAUAAUGAACCUAUUGGUUCAAAUGUGGCACUCUCCGCUAUAUUGACACACAAUUCUUCUGUUACAUUCCAGAAGGAUUCAAUUUAUUUUGUUAAUGAGAACAUAUAUUACAUUUCAGUCAUCUAUGUGAGUGGAUUAGAAAGGAAAAUAAGCUCAAAGUGUAAUACAUGCAGCAUUUGUAGUAAAAAGAUUGAUAAACUGGUGGAUUUUCCAGUUGUUAAACAUUUGAAUGCAGUGAGUGGUGUAUUGAUUGACUUCAGAGACGAUGAUGGACUUAUUGAAUGUGGAAUGUACAAAGCAGUGUUUCACAAAUCAAGACUUUUUCUUUCGGGGGAAAAAAUAGGGAGUAGUCAAGUGUUAGGCGAUGUGAUCUGUAAAGGAAUGACAUUUUACUUUGUUGCAGUUGUAUCAGAAGGAGAGUGGUAUGGUUUACCCACUAGUCAUAUUUGUGUAUGCGUUUGGGAUUCUCAAAAACCAACUGUUAGUACUAUUAUGGAAUCUUACAUAACUGAUGCUGCAGAUGGGGACAUGCUUAAGGAAAAUGUUGCUUACUUUGGCAUAGUGAAAGAUAUUGCACCCCCAUCAGUUGCUCUUGUCACUAUAAACACAUUUGGAAGUUCAAUACCAGUACUACUUUUUAUUUCCAGUCUGGCUGUCGGCACAGAGAGGACACUGUGUACCAGGGGUGACUGGAUAAAUGACUAUUUAAAAAUAGGUGAUGAGCUGAAAGUAAAAAUUGCAAGUAAAAUAAAGAACAGCAGAUUUAGAAUUGUCUGUAUUGCCUGGAAAACAAAUGAUGCAUUAACAGCGAAAAAUGUUGUGUGUGCUGCUGUAAAGGAGGAUACAAUUUCAUCAGAUCAAAAUUUCAGCAGUUCUAUUGAGAAUCAGAUCUUGGUACAAACACACACUAAAGAUGAAAGUUGUGACAUGAUUGUAAACAAAGCAGGUAUUUCACUUCCUGCAGGAACUUCUAUUGACAGCUGUAUUUCUUCUGCAGACUGUAGGUCCAAAGGCAGUAAUGCUGCAUCACAGAAUAUGAAAAUUGUUCAGGAGGGGUCAUAUUUGUCUAGAGAAAAAACAAAUUCGGAACUCAAUGAUAUGGACAGUGAUACUGCAGAAGAGACAACUAUCGCACGUUCUGUGUAUAAUGCCUUUGCACAGGAUGAUCAGACAUUAGUCUCUGAUUUAGAAUCACUGGGCUCUAUGCUGGUAGUUGGUAGUUUGCUAUGGAAGGAAUUUCUAACCAAGAAUCCAGAGACAACUAAUGACUUAUCACACUGUAGAUUUACAGAUGCGGAAGUUACUGCAAUACAACCAGUUUCAGAAACUACUGCAGUGUUAACAGUGGCUAUGUGUCCACAUGAACCAGUGCAAGCAUUUUUCAAUGAAAUAGAUGCGUACAACAUUGAUGCAAACUCAAAUGAUAAAAUAUAUUGUACAGGCAUUAAACUUCCAGAGACAGGGCGUUUCAAGGAAACUUUCGUUGUUUGGUUACUGUGGCAAGGAAUGCCACCUGCAGUGCAUGAAGUAUUUUCAGUCUUCAAGACUGAAUACUCUAAUGCUUUAGUUUUGCAAGAUAAUGUACAGUAUCUUGGAAUAAUUGUGGGCCUGUUGCCACCAUAUGUGGGUCUUAUGAAGAUUGCUGUGAGUAGUUCAGUAUCAGUGCUGGUACUAAUACACGUAAAUGCUUUGACAGCUUGUAGAGGUAUAGCACUUAGAAAUUCAUCUGAGAGUUGGAUAAUAGAUUAUGUUAGUGUAGGAGAUGUGUUAACUGUAAGCAUUGAAAGUACAAAAAAUGCAUCCCUUAAGGAAAUUGGCAUCCAUUGGCGUGUGAAGAAAGUGUGGGACAACAACAUUGUAAAUGUGUCGUCACUUACUCUAGUGGAUGAUACGUGUACAUUUAGAGGAGUGGUUACCGCUGUGUACAACGAAUUUGGUGUAGUAACAUUUGAAACUGGAGGGUAUCUCAAGAGGGCACUGUUCUUCAAAGAUCAAACAAGUAUGAACUGGCAAGAAUUGAAAGCAGUUGUUACCUCAAAGGGAAAUUAUGAAGUUUCAUUUCAUGUAAAACCUGAGUGUUUCAAUCCAAAAUCUAUUCUUUGGCUUGCUUCAAAUGUUAUAAGAAUUGAAGAACGUGAAAGUUGUGCCACAGAAGAUUCAUGUGUAGCUGAUGAAGUUGAUUCAUUCAUUAAAAAUAGAAAAAUUAUUGCUUUUGUGGAAAAAUUGCAGCCAGAAAUGGGUCUAGCUGUUUUCAAAUUGUGUGGUAGAUAUGAACGUGCCAGUUUUUCCUAUACAAAAAUAUUUUUUGAUGGUAGUCAAAUAGAGCCAAAGUCAGCAUUGGCCAUGCUCAGAAUCAAUAUGCGGUUGAGUAUUAAAAUCCAGAGGAUAACAAAUUCGGAACAGGGAACAGUUAAAUAUACUGCUGAGUAUGUUGAAAUAAGACCAUAUAAUGAGAUGCAUGGAAAUGGAACGAAAGUGUCAGGUGUUACCUCCCUCACUAAUUUACUUGUAAGUAAAUUAAAUGUGACAUCAGGACUGGAAGAUGACAAUCGUAGAAUUUUAAAGGGGCUAAUGGGUAAGAUCAAAUACGACAAAUUGGGUACUGGCAUCAUAGAAUUCAGAUACAAAAAUGAGGACUAUGAAGUCCCAUUUGAUCAAUCUACUAAUGUACUAAUAACUGCACAAGGUGGUAGGAACCUUCGUGACAUAUGGCCCGCAGGUAAAAUGGUUCAUUUUAACUUACUUUGUAAUAUCAGUAUGACGAGGUUGAGUGUUGAAUGUGUUUGGGAAAACAAAAAACCCAAAAAGAUUGUUUAUAAGAAUGCUCCAGAACUCCUUUCCAUGGACAGGAACAGUGUAAAAUCUGGAGGAAUGUAUCAAGCAAAGGUUGUACUAAUCAAAAAAUUUUCCUUUGUUGCUGAAAUUGUAAUGGAAGAUGAUGUUGCAUCAGUUUUUGUUACAAAUGUUUCAUUUCAUCCAUUCUCUGAUACAAGAAAAUUGUCUCACAAUGAAUGUGUGUCAUUGCAUGUAAACAAAGGUGAUGUAGUAUAUGUUGUAGUUGAAAGAUCAAGAAAUGGCGAAGAACAUGAAUGGUUUGCUAUAGAAGCUUGGAAAGAAGCUGCAGAUCAUACACCAGUGCCGUCUGCAGGCCUGAAGGCAUUGAGAAAUAUUCAGACUGGAGAGGAAGCAAAAAUAAUAACUUUGUCACCAACAGAAGGCCAACUGCAAACUGUAGCCGGUAUAGUGCUCAGUUUUGUACAGGAGGAUGUUUAUCUUUAUGGGUUACCUCUGAAAAAUGUGGAUUUGACAGACAUUCUGUCAGUAGGUGUCACAGUUAACUUUUCUGCUACUGCAGGCAGUUCUACAGCAGGCCAAUGUGUAUUCGUGUCAAAGGUAUGGAUUGGUUGCUAUGAAAUCUUAAGUUUCGCUGAAACAUAUGGUGCAAUUGCACAGUAUCGUUCAUCAAGAGGAUGGAAGCCACAUGUGUUUGAGGGAUUGAUGAAAGAACUAGGUAAACACAGACAGAUAGAGUCUGGAAAUAUGGUGGAACAGUCAUUACAGAUCAAAGAAAAUGUUUCAGACGAUGCCUGCUCUACAGAUGACAUUUUGAAAAAUGCAAUUGGCAGCAAAUCUGAAAAACAUAAAGAUUUAUUUUCCACGCAGUCCACUGUGCCAAAAACUGAAAAUACGGUUGAUGCACAUAGCAACAAAACAUACGCUUCUACAUUGAAGAAGCAAGAUAAUAUACUUCCCUGCAGAAGAAAAGAUUCUGAAACUUCACACGACAGUAAUAAUGCAAGUGUUCUAGAUUCAGAUGUAAGGGGAAUAAUGGAAAUGUCUUUGUAUGAAAUAUUGUGCACAUACCAAGUUGCUGGUUCGUCAGAGUUUGCAUCACUUGUUUUGGAAGAUGUGGAGAAUAUGGUGCAAGAACAACUUUUCAAGAAAUUUUUACCAGCUGCAGUCUUUAAUGCAAUAAAGCACUUUACAGUUGACACAAGUGAAACUUAUAAGCAUGUAAAGACAAACCAAAUACAAGCAUUGGCCACCGAGGUAGCAGAUAAGUGGAAGAGGAGGCUACAAGUAUUAUUAGAAAACCAUUUUCAUUUCUCAGAUGAUGAAUUGGAUGGAGAAAAGGAUGUAGAACUUGCAUCAGAUUGCACGUCCAGCAGUGGUGAAAUGCGUGUGAGAACUAAUGACGCCGUCCAGAACAUCCCAGUAGUAACAGAAAGUGGUACACAAACAACCUCCACUGGUCAAGUCAUAUAUCUAAACAUUUAUGCAGAUGCUAAUGAUGAAGUUAAUCAUAGUUAGCAUUUAUGAUAACACUCUGUAACUGUCAGUGUAUGGUCCUGACAGUAAUUGUAAUUCAUGUGAGCGAUACAUGUGGACUUCAUUUAGCACGAAAAUAUGAGUUUGUGGCAGGAAGAAAUUUUUAAUCAGUCUAUCUUCACUGCAAUAUUGUAUGUAAUUUUUUGUAUAAAGAGAAAACUGUAAAUUUUCAUAUAUGAAGAAUUCAGAUGCAUGUCUCAUUUUGUAUUUUAUUUUUUUAUCACUGCACAGUUGUAUGUAUGUAAAUUUUAGUAAAAAAAAUUUUCACAUUUGAA